AUGUCCAAAAUCUUGAGAAUCGAUGCAUCGCCGGUCUACAACAACGGCAUUAACCAGGUGAUCGUGCAUGUACACAAUCCGUAUGCAAAUUCCUUCUACAACAAUAACGACGAGAUACGAAUUUUGAUACAACAGCAGAAUUUGUGUGUGCUGCGGAGUGAGAGUAUCAUCUACAUUCAGGGAAAGUCUUUCAAAAUCGUUGCGUGUGCUAGAAAUUAUCCAAUUGAUUCCGAGCUGGAAAAAAACUUUCGGUGUGUUUUCUUCGAUGAAAUACGCUAUGAAUUAAAUGGUGUAGAAAUUGAUCGUUGUAAGAACGUUGGAAUAACAUCAACCUUAAAAAAUUAUAUUUCGCUGGAUCAGAGUAAGAAAAAUGCCAUGGAAAUAUUUGGAUGGAAGGAUGAAGAUUAUAAGAAAAUUGUUGCCAACGCUCGACACGAGCUCAUUCUCAUACGAAACAGAACCGAUAAAAAUUGCUACAAAACUAGCGCGGCGGCGGAAGACAUGCGUUUGGAAAUAACAAAAUUACAAUGGAGAAUACCACAUGUGAUGCCGUCGGAUGUUGAGAAGCUGUCGCUAUUAAGAAUAUUGGAGAAAAAUCAACCGAUACAGAUGUGCUUCAGAUCUUGGUCGUUGCACGAAUAUCCCAAUUUACCGAAAUCUAAAAUGCAAGUUUGGCCCAUCAAAAUAGCAACGCAACUGGAAAAACCAAGAUAUGUAAUAUUUGCAUUGCAAAGAAAUAGGAAGGAAAACGUGAAGAAUCACGCGAGUUAUUUCGACCAUUGCGAUUUACGCAACGUUAAGCUAUUUCUGAACAGCGAUUCAUAUCCAUAUGAGAAUCUAAACGUAAGCUGUAAAAAUGAACAAUUUGCUCUACUGUACGAUAUGUAUGCAAAGUUCCAGAAUUCGUAUUAUGGAAUUGAGAAUAGACCGAUUCUGGAUAUGCAAACAUACAUCAAGGAUGCACCAAUAAUGGUGAUAGGUUGUUCGCGACAGAAUGAAUCUAUAAAAAGUGCUACAGUUGACAUACGAAUAGAAUUUGUGAGCGAAACGGAUAUAGAGAAUGGCACGGCUGCAUAUCGCCUCAUACUGCACGAUCGAAUCGUCGAGUACACACCUCUAACCAACGUCGUUCGAAAAUUGUUGUAA